GCGAUGCCCUCUUGCGUUCCGGAAACGCUUGUGAGCGCUCGUGUGUUAGAAAGAAACUGCUUCCAGGUUGUUUGGAGAAGCGAUGCUGCUGCGAACUUUCCUUGGAGGAGCUCGGCUUGCGUUAGCCCCUCGUAGAGGAGGAGGAGCCUUCCCUGGCAAGCAAUGUCUUCGGUGGUGGCAACCCCCACAAAUAUGGACACAACACAGCACAUUGUCAGAAGUGGCUUCCCACCCCAGAUUGGCAGUACCAGUUGUCCCCAGUGCUGUGAGAGAUCAAACCAUAGGCCGCUGGCUCCUAAUCUGCAGUGGGACUGUGGCUGGAGCUGUGGUGCUCGGUGGUAUCACUAGACUGACAGAGUCUGGUCUUUCCAUGGUGGACUGGCACCUGAUACGGGAGAUGAAGCCUCCACGGACACAGCAGGAGUGGGAGACAGAAUUCCAAAAGUACCAGCAAUUUCCAGAAUUCAAAAUCCUGAACCAUGACAUGACACUGACGGAGUUCAAAUUCAUCUGGUACAUGGAGUAUUCACAUCGUAUGUGGGGACGGCUGGUAGGGCUGGCUUACAUCAUCCCAGCAGCCUACUUCUGGAGGAAGGGCUACUUGAACCGAUCCCUGAAAGGUCGUGUCCUUGCCCUCUGUGGGCUAGUCUGCUUCCAGGGUCUGUUGGGCUGGUACAUGGUCAAAAGUGGACUAGAGGAAAAAACAGACAGUCAUGAUAUCCCUCGGGUCAGUCAGUAUCGUCUAGCUGCACACUUGGGCUCUGCACUUGUUCUUUACUGCUCCAGCCUUUGGACCAGUCUUUCAUUGCUGCUACCACAGCACAAGUUACCUGAAACACACCAACUUCUACGCUUGAGAAGGUUCACUUAUGGAACAGCAGGCCUUGUUUUUCUCACUGCUCUUUCAGGGGCAUUUGUGGCAGGACUGGAUGCUGGCCUUGUAUAUAAUUCCUUCCCCAAGAUGGGAGAACGCUGGAUCCCUGAUGAUCUCCUUGCCUUUUCUCCAUGGCUGAAGAAUAUUUUUGAGAAUCCCACAACUGUGCAGUUUGAUCACAGAAUCCUGGGAAUCUCAUCAGUCACAGCCAUCACAGGUCUGUACUUGCUGUCCAGGAAGAUCCCUCUCCCACGCAGGACUAGGAUGGCAGUGGCUUCUUUACUGGCUGUGGCAUACCUCCAGGUUGCCCUGGGUAUCAGCACACUACUCCUGUAUGUCCCAACUCCUUUAGCAGCCACUCAUCAGUCAGGGUCCUUGAUUCUGCUUAGCGUGGCUCUUUGGCUUAUUCAUGAACUUAGGAGGAUCCCUAAAUAGCUCUGCUGUCCCAGAUAGAACAUUUCAUUGGGCCUGAGGGCUCAGGGAUGCUGUCUUCACAACCUGUGCUGUAUGAGCCUCUUCCUGGAGCACCCGAUUUGGUCAGAGGACAGUUCAGAGUGGAACCUUGACUUCAUGAUCGGGAGCACUUCGUUGCAAAAAGUGAUUAACACAAACUUCUGUUUGUCCAGCUGUAUCUGCGUUGUUUGUUCAGGAAUGCGCAGGUGACAAAGCUACUUCUACGUGUUGAAGAAUCAAGGUGAUCUUUGCUGUGCCUCAGAUCCUGGUUUGUCAUUUGGCUGGGGCUGCAGCCAGCAGCUAAUCUCUGUUGUGUUUCUUUCUAGAAUCUAUAGAGGAAUGAAAUGAUAGGAGCACUGUAAAAUUAAGGGAGAGUUAACCUUGGGUUCUAGAUGAAUAAUGGAGUGCUGUGUAUGUUUGAGUUUUACAAUGCAUGGGGGUAGUGCAUGUUGGAGCAUAGAGAGCAGGGCCAUGCUAAACUUGAAGUGAAUAAUGUACUGUCAUAUUUAUGUUUUGAACAAUCACAUUUUCUUUUUAAUAAAAAAAAUGAAAUGCC